AUGCCUCCUGUGAAAUCUCUGGACAUCUUUUUCAACCGCACAGAGAAGCUCUUAGAAGCCAACCCCACAACGACAAAAGUUUCCAUCAAAUUGGGCGUAAAUUUCAAUGAUCACGAGAAUCCUCAAAGCAAGCACAACGUCAUAACGGUGAGAGUAUCUGAUCCAGUGAGCGGGUCCAAUUUCAAAUUCAAAGUGACCAAUAAAACUGAUAUGCUGAAAAUAUUCAGUUUCUUAGGUCCUCAUGGCAUUGAGUUACCAAUUUCUGGCCAGCAAAGCCAGAUAAAGAGUAAUGAUCAGACUCAGAGUGACAAUACUGAAGUGCCUACCACAUUUCAUAGGGGAGCCACCAGUAUUUUGGCUAAUAAGGCAUUUGAGAAGAAACCACUGAUUAUUAAGGAUUCAAGUACCGCAAAGAAAGGUGGUAAAGGUGGUAAGAAGAAGGGUAAGAAAUUUUAA